CCAAAACAACGUAAAUGCAAUAAAGCCCCAUUAUCGACAUUGUAAUCAUCAUGAUGUUCACCAGAAGAACGAAAACCAGAAGCAGAACGAACAGCAGUCGCAGUGGUAGCACUUCAAAUGCAUAAUAGAAACGCCUGUAACAAUCAUGUAAAAUUGGCGUUAAAAACGAAGUGCAAAAAAAGAAAAUAGAAAUACCAAGGCGAACCCGAGAGGAAAUGGAACAUGCUACAGGCAAUAACACAUCAAAUUGGUAUUAGAAUUACCCAGAAAAAGGGCAGCUUAUACACAAACACACACAGAGAGAGAAAGAGAUAGAGAGGAGAAAAGGAAACUAAGCAGAACAUACUGAGGGGCGUUUGGUGUCGGCAUAUGGGCGUGGUAGCUUCGAAUCGUCUGGAUCUUUAGGUUCAUCCCAGCUGCAACAUAAAAGUCAAUUAAUGUGCAAUUACAACAACAUCAUCAUCAUCAUCUGGAUGAAAUAAAAGCACGCAAAACGAAAAGCAGAAAUAGAGGAACACAAAAUUACAGCAAAUUACACGCAACAAGGAGACGAAAGCUGCGUUACAAGUUGGAGCAGCAGGAAACUGUGUGGGCGGUGGAGGACGACGAGCCGGAAGAAGUAGACGGAGAGGGUGACGGAGUGGUUGAGGGAGAGGAAGAUACGGUUGUGCUAGUGGCAUUCAACCAUCACAUCACUCACCAUCACCAACACCGUCAUCAGCAUCAGCAUCAUCAUCAUCGUCUUCAUCGUCAUCAGAAACAGGAAGAGUACCAAGACCAUCCAUUGUCCAGUGAAGGCGUCUACAACAAAAUGACUUUCGUUAACAAGCUGAGCAAAAGCUUCCGUUGGCUGCGUUGCUCGACACUGUGCGCCAUUUUGUUUUAUAUGUUUUUCAUUGGCCUGAUAUUGCACAGUACCAGCCACAAGCUGCAGCAACAGCAGCAACAACAGCAACAACAACAACAGCAGCAACAACAACAGCAACCAAAUCAAGAGCAUGCCGACCAAACCAAAUUGGCGCCCAACGUGGAGCCACAUAAUAGUCGAAAGCAAAAGCACUCGCCGGAGGAAUUGGAGCAGCACCAGCACCAGCAACCGAAACUAAAGUCCCUGCUAACGACAAACGAUUUGGAUUCGGAGAAGGCUAACGAGAAGGUGGCGAAGCAUCUUCAUCUCCAACUCCCCGAAAAAAUGCAGCCGAAGGCGCCGGGCUUAGCCUUGGGAUUGGCAAAAAAUGCCAGCAAAUCCCCAAACCAGCCAGAAACAGUUAUUUUAGCGGCGAGCAAUGUGAAUGAGAAGCAAAUACUUGCGAAAGCUUUCAAACGGGCCGAUCGAAAUCGUGAUGGUCGUCUGUCUAUACAAGAGAUGGCCCAAUAUAUCAAUCGUCGCAUUGUGGACCACAUUGAGGAGGCCAUUAUGAACAACGCCCGUGAAUUUCGUCGUGUGGAUAUUGGUCCAGCUGAUGGUCUUAUUACUUGGGAUGAAUAUCAUCGCUUCUUUCUGCAUGAUCAUGGAAUGUCGGAUACCGAUAUUGAUGAGCAUGAUGAGAUUAGACACACGGCCCUCAAUCGCAAGGCACGCGAAGAUAUGAUGCGAGAUAAGGCCAGAUGGUCGGAGGCUGCACGCACAGAUCUUUUUACCCUGACAAUCGAUGAGUUUUUAAGUUUUAGACAUCCCGAAUCGAGUGUCUCAAAUCUACUGGAACUAGUCGAUGAUCUACUGAGGCAGUUCGAUCAAGAUGGCGAUGAGCAAUUGACCAUGGAGGAAUUCUCUGAGCUGAAUGUUGAUGACGAUGAUGAUUUGUUACGCAAAUCAUUGAUAAGCAAAACAUUGGUGGAACGUCGUGAGGAAUUCAAAAGGAUUAUCGAUAAAAAUCAUGAUGGCAAGGCGGAUCGUGGGGAGCUCCUGAACUAUGUGAAUCCAAAGACGCCCAGGUAUGCUCUACAAGAAGCGGUCACCUUGUUCAGCCUCUGCGAUGAGAACAAGGACGAAAUGCUGACAUUGAAAGAGAUGACUGACAAUGCUGAAAUAUUUUUGCAAUCCAAAAUGAUCGAUACGGCAAAUAGUUUUCACACGGAAUUUUAAACAUUCAGCCCCUUCAGAGAGAAUUACUAUAUAUAAUAUAAUCGAUGUGCAUUUAUAGUGAUAUUAAUUUGUAAGUUAUGGCACUUGUGGAAAUAGUUUAACUAGAAAAGCGUAAUCAUAACAAUUAAUAGGACGGCAUAACUUUUAACUUUAUACACGAAAAUUGUUUUUUGUGCAUCGUUUAAUGUGUGAUUUUUGCCCACUAAUACAAUUUAUUUGUUUUUAAGAAACU